AUGCCGGAGGAUACCAUGGCAAACGAAGAAGAGGUGCUAGUCAAGCCUGCUAAAUCGGAGGCCGGUCUCAAGGCGAGUCUCCCGUCGCCGUUCUCGGAGGAGAUGGGGCCGUACCGCCUGGACCCCGACGACUUUCGCUGGCGCAAGAGGAACGAGGGACCGGCACAGGGCAAGUACUCGCGCGGUCUGUGGGGCGGCGAGAUGUACCAGGAGCGCCGCGCACACGGGACGUACCGCGGCGACGACAUGAUCACCGGAACAACGCUUGCGCUGCCCAGCACGCUGGACCGCAAGACGUUUUUGGAGCUCUUCACGCUCGCGUGCAUGCGCGCGCGUUUCGACUUUCCGAUCCUGGCGGUGACGAUUGAGACGGGGCACCUCGCCAUCCCGAUGCUGCCGUGUCUCGUGUACGAGCCGGUGACGUCGUUUGAGCAGAUCGAGCGCUGGGCCGAGAAGACAAUCGUCGUCCACGAGCCCAAGACGGAUGCGGAGCACGCGCAGACCAUCGAGGAGCGCACCGAGGCGGUGCGCAAGGAGCUCGGCUUGACCGAGCUCAAGGUCGAGGAGUGCGCCAAGGUGACGCACCUCGUGCUUUCGGGCCGCCCAGACGAAACGAACAGGGUCUCGGUGCUGGUGCACUGUGCGCACUCGAUCUCUGAUGCGCACACCGAGAUGCUCGUCGUGCGCAAGGAGCUCGCGUACGUGAACGAGUGCCUGCAAGCGCCUUUUCCUUUGCCCCGUACCCACGAGCUGCACCCGUCGCAACUCCCGUGGGGGGAAGAGGUCGAGCGCCUUCCGCCGACGCUCUACGAGCUGUACGGCUCCGACGUCACCGUGUUCGAUCCCGAAAAGGGCAUCAAAAGCUCUGGAAAAAUUAUGAGCGGGCACUCGCUGCGCCUCGACGAAGGCCGCGAGGCGGGCGUCGGCCCGUGUGACACCCACCAUACUACCGUUCUGCUGUCCAAGGAGGAGACAGACUCGGUAUACCGAGCCUCCAAGGCGCAGGGCUGGACCGUGACCCUUUCUGUGGAUGCCGCGCGGCACAUGGCAUACAUCGAGAUGCGCCGCGCAUACCUCGAAAAAAGGCGCAAGCAGCCGAUUCCCGAGACGCUCCAGACCAACUUUUUGAUGCCGGUCGACGGCCGCCCGCGCUUCGUCGAGCCGUACAAGGGCAAGGAGUUUGCUGGAAACGGCACGUCGGGCUUCGUAACAACCAUGCCGGUCAUGGAGCCGUACUACGUCCCGGCGAGCGUCGAGCGCUAUACGCGCUUCUGGCGCGCCAAAAAAGACCUAAGUCAGGUGCGCGUCUUUUGCAAGCUCGCCAAGAACCUCGCAGGCAUGUACCGCGAGGCAGAACUCGACUGGCAAGACCGCAUCGACGGCAUGACGCCCCUUCUCAUGAUGGGCGGUCUGUUCAGCCCCGAGUAUCCCCCGCAGGACCUUGCGCCGGAGGGUUUCAGCUCAGUGGGCGUGCUCGAACGCCUGCUCCCUGCCGAGCACCCCGUGGCGGGGCACGACGAGCCGAUCCGUGUCACGGACUGGUUCGUGGGCCUCACCAUAUGCACCUCUCUGUAA